CCGAAGCCAGAAGCGCGGUAGCCUUUGCGCCCAGGCAGUGGGAAGGCCAGGGGCCGGCAGAGCUGGUCCAGCCCCAGGGGCCCAGUCACCUGAUGACGACCCAACGUCAGGAUCGUCAAGCACCGUCAGCACCUUCUCCCUCCCGGGUCCAGGCAGGCGGUGGCCACGGCGUCAUGGGGCGGAGUCGCCCCUGGGCCCUUUGUCUUUGGAGACGGAAUGCUUUACUUGCCCAGGAGAAGAUGAAGGAGAAAGAAAUGAAUGAUGGAUUCCAGAUCAGAGGGUGCCGGCCAGGGCAGCAGCUUUAUAAGCCAGAAGUGAUCACUCGGUUGGAACAAGAGGUGCGGUGGACACCAGAAAGCGGCAGCCAGCUGGAUGCUUUUCCAGACAGGGUGGACAGACCGGAAAUGAAAAAGACAACUCUCAAGCAGAACAUGUCCAAUGAAAACCAGUAAGGUCAUAAUGGAGAGACUAACAGGAGGCACCUUCUGGUACUCCCAUCUUAGGAGGACUCUGGGGUUUUAUCAGACUAACCACGGAAAGCAGCAGAAGCACUUGGAGCAAGUAUCCUUCACCCACCAAAAAAUUACACAGAGAAGCAUGCGGUGUAAUAAGUUUGAGAAAAACUAUAAUCUGAAUUCUAACCUUAUUAUGCAUCAGAGCAUCCCUCCGGUUAAAAGCCUUUCUACUGUGACACACAAGGAAAUAACAUCAAACAGCACUCAGAUUUAAUUUAUUAUCGAGGAAAUGACGUAAGAGAGGAUGCCUAUGGAUAUGAUGAAUGUGGGGAAAUCUUCCGUCAGCAUGCUUUUCUUACUGGCUGCAUUCUUCCCAGAGAGAAACAUGGUGAAUGAGGAAAGACCUUCAACCAAACUUCCACUCAUAACCAACCUCAGAUAGCCCUUGUGGGAGAAAAACCCAGUAAGUGUGACGAAUGCAGGAGAGGAUUCAGCCAGAGGAUACACCUCAUUCAACAUCGGAAGAUCCACACAGGGAAAACCUUUCAUUUGUAACGAAUGUGGGAAAACCUUCAUCCUUUACCCAGCACCUGAGAAUCCACAUGGGGGAGAAGCCCUGCAAAUGUAGUCAGUGUGGCAAAACUUUCAGCCACAUCACAUCGCUCACUGAGCAUCACAGACUUCACACUGGAGAGAGACCUUAUGAGUGCCGUGUCUGUGGAAAAGCUUUCAGCCAGCAAAUGCAUUGAACGCACGAAAGGACACACACGGGAGAGAAGCCCUAUCAGUGUAAUGAAUGUGAGAAAGCCUUCCGCCAGAGUGCUCACCUUAACCAGCACAGGAGAAUCCACAGCCGUGAGAAGUUAUGUGACUGUAAGUGUGAGAAAGCUUCCAAGUGAAGUCCUCCCCCUCAAAGCACAUAACUCAUGUUGGGGGGCAGGGGAUGAACUCACAGAUGUGGAAAAUUUUUCAACUGCUUCUUUCCAGUCACUAUCAAAGUAUUCAUGGGGGGGAAGAAAGCUUCCAAGUGAGCUUUUACUGCAGAGAAAUCAAAUUUGUAACUGAAGUUAGUACAUUAAAACAUUCCCAGGAGCUUUUAUAUAUAGUGAAUGUUAUUAAUUUUAUAAACAAAAAUAUAUUGGGCCAUAUUCUGAAUCUAAUGUAAAACCUAAAUAAGGGAAGUGUGAUGACAUGCCUUCAAUUCUAGCAAGACAGUUUGUUGUUAUUAUUGCUGUUUUCUUUGUAAUCCUAGCAUUUAG